UAAACGCUCUGUCUGUCAAUGAACGUAGAACGUCAUAAAAAAUAUGUGAAGAUGAAAGUUAUUUUUAAUUAUUUAGUUUAAAUAAUAUAUCUGACUUUUCUUUUGGUUCUAAAAUGUCUAGUGGAAUCCCACAUGAAGAUUGGUUAUUCGGGUACUGCUUUGUUACGUUGUGAACGUCGUGUCUAUAUUUAGAAGCAAAGUUUACAUAAAUUAUGAUUUUAAUAAAGCAAACAGUACAAUUCUCGCGAAUAAGAAACAAGGUGAUCACAAGGAUUAUAGAAGUGCGUGCUCCGUGUAAGGAUGGUGCACCUGGAGAUGACGGGGGUCCAACAAUGCUGCAGCACAUUAACUAUAAAUGAUCUGCCCAAUGAACUGCUCAUAUACAUUUUUUCUAAAAUAGAUUUUGAAUCACUGUUGGCCGUAGCAAAAGUUUGUAUGAGAUGGCAACAACUCUGUCUGACCCCAUGUGUGUGGGACAACACGCGCCUCAUUGUGUGCAUGAAAAACUAUGUGAGGAUAAGUGAAAACAUUGUGCCUUUUGUAGCAAAGUAUUUAAAAAAUGUAAAAUUACAGUAUUUCAAGUUGUAUUCACAAGUAAGGGCUUCCCUCAUUAGCUACUGUCCUAACUUGACUCGUCUAGAAAUUAGCAUAUCUCAAGUUGAUAGUUGUAUAUUUGAUGAUCUACAAUACUGGCCUAAUUUAAAAUUUUUGAGUUUCCGUAAUUCUUUAAUAGUACAAAACCCAGAGAAUGCAAAUGGGAAUUUUGUUUACCACUUGCCAUUUGAGAAAUUAAAGAAUCUUGAAACUUUGGUUCUCUCAAAUUUUGCCCUUACACAUAGCAGCCUUUACAGCAUGCUGGAAUGUAGCAGUUUAGUCAGUAUUAAUAUGGAAAAAAUGAAAAAUAUCCCUGCAGAUUUCUUAGAAUCCUUGUUGAGGACCAAGCAAGCUACUCUUGAAGCAUUGUACAUUUAUGGAGACACAUUGAAUGAUGAUAUAGUUCGCUACAUAUCCAACUGCAAGGCGCUACAGGUUCUGCAUGUCAUGACGUGCAAAACCCUGUUUGAUUCCAGUCUGUUGCACUUAAACAGGUUAAAAAACUUACGAUCACUCAAAUUGCGACACGGGUAUUUUUCAACCACAGCUUUACUUGGUUAUUUUACAAAUAAUGUGUUCCAACACUUGACUUACCUGAGUCUCUCCCGCUGCCCGCAUGUCACCAUGCAGGUUGCCCGGGCCAUCAAAGCAAGUGCACCCAAUCUUGAGGAAAUGUCAUUCUAUUUGUGCCCAUUUAUUUGCGCUCCGGGUUUUAACCGAGGAGAGUUAGAAAAUAUGUUCAAUAUACAACUACUCCUUGACUAAAUGAUUCUCAUUUUAUGAUUUUUGACAUAUUUAAUAGAAUUUUAAUGAAUUCUUUUGAGUGUUUAAUAAAUUUAAUUACUACAAGAGUAAAAGUAAUAUUUUAGGUAUUUUGUAAUAAAACAAAUUUGCCAUAUAAUGGAUUUGUUCUAUUUAAAAUAAGUGUAUUACAAGAGAAAAUUUCAGUUAAUUAUUAAAUGUGUUUGUGUGCAUAGUAUUAUAAAAUGUAUAAAAUAUGAUAUUUUUAUUAGAAGAUAGCUAUCAAAUUGACAAAUUCUUUUAUGAAUAUAGAAAUUAACUUAAUACUGUGAACCAGAGGUUGUGCUUGAGACGGAUUACUAGUUAAAGCCGUAACAGACUACCGCAGCCAGUACCGUCUUUGCCAUAAGGGCACACAGGGCCCCCAUCCUCAGGGGGCCCCGAAGGACAGACAGUAACAGUAUAUUUUUGAUUACUAAUAUUAAUAGAAGAUCAUAGUAGAAAAAUGUUAGUUUAAUUCGCUUUCUUUGUUUUGCAAAAGGGCCCCAACUUCUUAUGUGCUCAAGGGCCCCAGCAUAGUUUAAGAUGGCCCUGACCGCACCGCACCGUGACCUUGGUGCGGUGCGGCGCAUUUAAGGCCUGAGCACGCGGGAUGCAUGUGCGUCGACGUGCACGUGCGCGAGCGCGUUGUAAUAUAGAUCCAUAUAAGAGAUGGCACACCGCUAGCGUGACGUGUGCGUGUGCGGCUCCAACAUUUCUACGCACAUGCAGCCGGUGUGCUCUGAGCUUUAUCGAUAGUGUGUAUCAGGUGGUCGCCGUACGUGCGUUAGGGUGUUAUUCCACCUAUCCAAUUUAUUUGUCCAAUGUGUAUUGCGUCUCACAUUUUGCUUUAAUGAGAGAGUGAGACUGACUUACAUAUUGGACAAAGAAAUUGGACAGGUGGAAUACCACCCUAAAGAACGUAGCUAGUUAGUGAGAAAGAGAUAUUUUAACCGCACCAAGGUCGCGGUGCGGUGCGGUAGUCUGUUACGGCUGUAAUAGUAAUAAACUUCAGUAUUUUGCUUAUCAACAAGUAUUAAAGUAGAUAAGGUAUCUACUGACUACCUACAUAGUAGAAUAAAAUAUAAAGUAAGCUGCAGAGAUGACUUACCCCCUUCAUAGGUUAUAGCAGUGAGGGUCAGAAAUCUCUGCAGCUGAUUGUACCUAGAACUCCUUCAUAUACUUUAAUAUUGUUUAUUUCCGCCUUUUUUUUGUUUUGAAAAGCAUUGUCAAUUAUUAAAAAGUGCCUUAAAGAGUCAAAGUAUUUAUUCAGAUGUUGAGAGGGUGCCGAUUGUAUUUACACAGCACCCAACUUCAAUAUAAAGGUAUUAGUUAAAUCUUUGUGAAACGAAAUAUAGUAUUUAGAUAAACACGAUGUGAUUUCUAUAUUUUGUCUUCACUUGUUUGUGCUGUUCUAUUGUCCAUUUACACUCAAUAAAAAAUGUAUUUUGAAA